AUGCAAAAAUUGUGUUUAUUUUCAGAUGAAAUAGUUGUGCCGAGAGCAGUAGCAGCAGCCACUGGACACGUGCAUCCGGUCCAAUCACAAGAACGACUAUUUCAGCAAAGAGUUGCGGCGGCUCCUGGAUUUCAGAAUGGAAUUGGAGCUCAGCAAAUGGCCAACCAAGGAAUGGUUCCGAUGAUGAGACCACAAUCCAUUGCUGGAUUACCACAACAACCACAAACGGUCCAACCAAUGCAAAGGCCCGUAUCGGUUCCAUCUGGAAUGGGUGUUCAGUUUGUUCCUGUUUGCAGAUAUGAAGAUUCCCAGGCGAUUCGUGCCACGGCAUUCCAUCCAUCUGGUCGUUAUUUUGCAUUAGGUACAAAUUCAAAGCAACUUCAUAUUUGUCUUUAUCCGGAUAUUAAGAAAACCCAAAAUAGACCGACGUCUCAUGAAUCUACGAGAAACGCUGAAGUCGCAUUGACGAGACCAAAGCAACACAGAGGAUCUGUUUACUGUCUUUCAUUCAACCCAAAUGGAGACUUGUUGGCAACGGGAUCCAAUGACAAAACGAUACGACUGAUGGCAUUCAAUGAGGAUGCUUGCAGAAUCGGUGCUGAAAUGGAGCUGACAUGUCACGAUGGAACAGUUCGAGAUUUGAUUUUCAUCGAAAGUUCAAUCAAUAGAUCAACUAUAUUGAUAUCAGGAGGAGCUGGUAAUUGUCAUUUGAAUGUGACAGAUUGUAAUACAGGACAGUCGAUUCAGUCAAUGAAAGGGCAUUCAGCUCCAAUCCUUGGAUUAUACACUUGGGGUCAAGCAGGAAAUCAAUUCGUUUCAUGCUCUCAAGAUAAAACGAUUCGAUUUUGGGAUCUUAGACAACAAACUGCAACGAAUGUCAUAUCUCCUGGCCACAACAAAUCACACAAUGCUUCUCCAGUGACAUCAGUUUGUGUUGAUCCUAAUGGAAAACUGUUAGUAUCCGGACACGAGGACGCGUCUGUUGCACUUUUCGAUAUAACUGGGAAUCGGGUUUUACAGACUUUUAGACCUCAUGGAGAUGAAGUUCGGACAGUUAGAUUCAGUAACGCUGCUUAUUAUUUGCUAACCGCCAGUUACGACAAACGAGUAGUGAUAACCGAUAUGCGAGGUGACUUGAUGGCUCCAUUGAUGUAUCUUCCAGUAGCUGAGCAUUCAGACAAAGUAGUGCAGUGCAGAUGGCAUCCUCACGACUUCUCUUUCCUGUCAACCAGUGCUGAUCGCUCAGCCGUACUUUGGUCUCUCCCCAAUCGCUGA